AUGGCCGACGAGCCUACAGAGGCCGCAGGGAAACCGAGUCCGAGUCCGACACCUCUCUUUGGACAUUGCCAGCCCUCGCCACAUUGAGGACUCCAUAUCCCACAAUGCAGAGCUUUCCAGAGGCGGGACAACCCGGGCUCAACACACGUGCGGACUUCAGGAGGGACCAUAGAUGACUCCUUCCUCACAGAAAUCAAGAACACUCAGAAUUGCAAGCUUUCUCAGAAACAGAAGACGCUGUCCUGUCAGUUCUCCAUUGGUGACCAACUGUCCCCAUGGCCCACAUACACCACUGGUCAGACCAUUCUGCAUAAUCGAAAGCCCUGUUCAUAUGAUUAUCGGAAACGAGCAGGUAGCUGGCAGAAGCAGCCCCUGGGCAUUACUAAGCCGAGGUACCUGGAGCAGCUAGAGAACUACCUGCGCAAGGAGCUCCUCCUGCUGGACCUGAGCACAGAUUCUACCCAGGAGCUGAGGCUGCAGCCUUACAGAGAAAUCUUUGAGUUCUUCAUAGAGGACUUUAAAACAUACAAGCCAUUGCUGUCCUCCAUCAAGAAUGCGUAUGAGGUGAUGCUGGCCCACCAGAGGGAGAAGAUUCGGGCUCUGGAGCCCCUGAAGGCCAAGCUUGUCACUGUGAAUGAGGACUGCAAUGAGAGAAUCCUGGCCAUGAGGGCUGAGGAGAGAUAUGAAAUCUCCAUGCUGAAGAGAGAGAAGAUGAAUUUGCUAAAACUCAUUGACAAAAAGAACGAGGAGAAGAUCUCAUUGCAGAGCGAGGUAUCCAAACUGAGAAAGAAUUUAGCUGAGGAGUACCUGCGCUACCUCAGCGAGCGAGAUGCCCGCAAGAUCCUCAUUGCAGACCUGAAUGAGCUGCGGUACCAGAGGGAGGACAUGUCACUAGCCCAGUCCCCAGGCAUCUGGGGGGAGGACCCCGUGAAGUUAACACUGGCUCUGAAGAUGGCCCGGCAAGACCUGACCCGCACACAGAUGGAACUCAACACCAUGAAGGCCAACUUUGGAGAUGUGGUGCCCAGGAGGGACUUUGAAAUGCAGGAGAAGACCAACAAGGAUCUGCAGGAGCAGCUGGACAGCCUGAGAAGUGACUAUGAAGAGGUCUGCAAGGAGCAUGAGAUACUGCUGCAGUUGCACAUGACCACACUGAAAGAGCGGGACCAGUUUCAUUCUGAGCUCCAGGAGAUCCAGCGUACCUCUACACCACGGCCUGAUUGGAGCAAGUGCGAAGAUGUGGUGGCUGGGGGCCCAGAUCGCUGGCAAAAGCUGGCUGAGGGCAAGAACAGUGACCAGCUGGUGGAUGUACUCCUGGAGGAGAUUGGCGAGGGGCUGCUCCGGGAGAAAGACUUCUUUCCUGGUCUGGGCUAUGGAGAAGCCAUCCCUCCUUUCCUUCGAUAUGAUGGCUUUGUGGAGAACAAGAAGCCAAGCAAGAAGGAUGUGAUAAACCUCCUUAAGGAUGCCUGGAAACAACGUCUUGUUGAGGAGUCAUCUCCCACCCUACAGAAAGAGAAAUUCCCAGAUUUCUUCUUCAGUUUCCUGGAGCAUCGCUUUGGACCUAGUGAAGCCAUGGCUUGGGCUUACACCAUUUUUGAAAAUAUCAAGCUCUUCCGCUCUAAUGAGGUCAUGAGUCAGUUCUAUGCAGUCUUGAUGGGAAAGAGGAGUGAGAGUGUAUACAUCAAGCAAAAGGAGACAGUGGCACAGCUGCUGAAGGAGAUGACAAAUGCUGACAAUCAGAAUGAGGGGGUGAUAACCAUGGAGAACUUAAGCACUGUCCUCAAGAGUAACUUCCCCUUCAAGAAGGAAGAGAAAAUUCAGGAGUUGAUGGAGGCAGGAGGCUGGCAUCCCAACAGCAGCAGUGCAGACUUGCUGAACUACCACUCACUAUUUAUAGAGGAUGAAGAGGGUCAGAGUAUGCCCUUUGUACAAAAGCUGUGGGAACAGUACGUGGAUGAAAAGGAUGAAUACCUACAGGAGCUAAAACAGGAACUGGGCCUAGAACUCUAUGAUGAAGUAACCCUACCCAAGCUACGUGAAGCCCUGAUGAACAUCGAUCCCGGGCUAGACAAGCAGACCCUACAUGGCUACUUGAGCCGGGCCUUCCAGCUCCCCGUGACAGAACUGCCUGAGGAGGGUGAAGAGAAGGAAGAAGGCAUUGUGGUAUGGCUCAAGAUUGCCCUGGAACGGCUUCAGAUGACUGACAUCAGGCGCAUGGGGUCUCGAGAGCAGGAACCCCCAAGCUAGGGCCACUGUGGGCAGCCUUAGUGCUGAGACUUUUAGUCUGAUUUUUAGUAUAAAAUUAUUUAUCUGAA